GGGCCUUCGGAGCCGACUAUGUGACGUCAGUUCCCCCGUUGGCAGAGAGCGAAACAAACAUGGCGACGGACUGGUGCGGACCAGGGCUCACGGUAACUUUACUUCUCUUUUCCUGUGUUUUCUCGGGCAGCGAAGCCGCGGCGGUGACUCCGGAGCCGAGAGGGGUCACCCGGAUCCUCGGCUGGAGGCUGGAGAGCAGCGACAAGCCGGCCGGGACCACGAAGGAUGGGGAUAUCCAGGUGACCGAGGGCAGCGACAUCCGCUUCAGGUUCUACGGGCUCCACUUGUUCCCCAACAGCUCGGCGCUCAUCAGGUUCAUGGAGCUCGGCUCCAGCGAAACGGAGGAGGAAAUCCCCGGAGCUAACACGCCCGCCCCCAAUAGAACUUGUCCCGAACACACGAAGGAUAUAGUAGUGAAGGGGGCCAUGAAGUUCUGCAACCAGAGCAGCUCCGGGGUGGUCAGCGUCCAGAUCAAGCAGCUUCGCAAGAGCGAGAUGGUGAAGCUGUUCGCCUUGUGCGUCCGCGACCCGCAGGAGGACGACUGGUACCUGCUGGACGAACGGGACGGCCGACUGCGGGUGGUGGAGGUGAAGAAGUCCCUGCUGCCCAUCUGGCUGCAGGUCAUCCUCAUUUCGUUCCUGCUGGUGCUGUCCGGCAUGUUCAGCGGGCUCAACCUGGGGCUGAUGGCGCUGGACCCGAUGGAGCUCCGCAUUGUGCAGAGCUGCGGCACCGAGAAGGAGAAGAAGUACGCGCGGAAGAUCGAGCCCAUCCGCAGGAAGGGCAACUACCUGCUGUGCUCGCUGCUGCUCGGGAACGUCCUGGUCAACACCACCCUCACCAUCCUCCUGGACGACCUCACCAACUCCGGGAUCGGCGCCGUGAUCGCUUCCACCUGCGGCAUCGUCGUCUUCGGGGAGAUCAUUCCCCAGGCGCUGUGCUCUCGGCACGGCCUGGCGGUCGGGGCGAACACCAUCUUGGUCACCAAGUUGUUCAUGCUCUUGACUUUCCCGCUGUCGUGGCCCAUCAGCAAGCUCCUCGACUGCGUCCUCGGCCAGGAGAUCGGCACCGUGUACAACCGUGAGAAGCUGGUGGGGAUGCUGAAGGUCACCGAGCCCUACAACGACCUGGUGAAGGAGGAGCUCAACAUGAUCCAGGGCGCCUUGGAGCUCCGGACCAAGACGGUGGAGGAUGUCAUGACGCCUAUCGGCAACUGCUUCAUGAUCCACAGCGACACCGUGUUGGACUUCAACACCAUGUCCGAGAUCAUGGAGAGCGGCUACACGAGGAUCCCCGUGUACGAGGGCGAGCGCUCCAACAUCAUGGACGUCCUGUUCGUCAAGGACCUGGCCUUCGUGGACCCGGACGACUGCACCACCCUGAAGACCAUCACCAAGUUCUACAACCACCCGGUCCACUUUGUCUUCCACGACACCAAGCUGGACUCCAUGCUGGAGGAGUUCAAGAAAGGAAAGUCCCACCUGGCCAUUGUGCAGAAGGUGAACAACGAGGGGGAGGGAGAUCCCUUCUACGAGGUGUGCGGCCUGGUCACCCUGGAGGACGUGAUCGAGGAGAUAAUCAAAUCAGAGAUUCUGGACGAGUCGGACCUUUACACUGAUAACCGCACCAGGAAAAAGGUGGCGCCCAAUAAGAAUAAGCGAGACUUUUCUGCCUUCAAGCACGAGAAUGAGUCGAAGGUGAAGAUCUCUCCUCAGCUGCUGCUCGCUGCUCAUCGCUUCCUGGCUACAGAGGUGACCCUGUUCAGCCCGGCGCAGAUCUCCGACAAGGUGCUGCUGAGGAUCCUGCGGCACCCCGAGGUGAUCCAGGAGAUCAAGUUUAACGACAGCGACAAGCGCUCGCUCAGUCACUACGUCUACCAGAGGGGCAAACCCGUGGACUUCUUCGUUCUCAUCCUGCAGGGCCGAGUGGAAGUGGAGGCUGGAAACGAGAACAUGAAGUUUGAGACCGGACCUUUCUCAUUCUAUGGCGUGAUGGCGCUCAGUGCUCCCACACUAGCGGCUGCACCUCGUCCUCGCCACCUCUCCUUUAAGAGGUUUUCUCUGUUCUCUCGGGUGCCAGGUAAACUCCGGCAUGUCUGGGUUCUUUAACACCGCGGAUGGGCAGGGCUCCGGGGUGGUUCCGGCUCUCGAUCAGAAAAAUCUCUUUAUCAACUGCCACCUAAUAUCAGAGGGCAGGAAGCUGCUUCUAUUGCACAACUUUCUAUAAGUUGGAGCAUUGAAUUCUGGGUUGCACUUCUGUCUAGCUGCCUUCUUCUCCAUGUGAUCAAGAAGCUUGAACCUUUAAGCACAGCAAAGAGUCCCAUGAUGACUCUGUGGGUAAACAAGCUCUUUGUCCAAUAAAGACAACCUCAUCCGAUCCUCAGUGUUCAGUCAGUGUUUAGUUUGCAUGGCAGUGAGGCGCAGGUGAGACCCUCACACGUGGAGGUCUGAGGUCAGAGGUCAGGUUGCUGUUCAGCACCGGGUUAAAUCCGACUCCUGCAGAAGUGACGAUGAUCUACAGUUAAUGAGAGAAGGAAGAAGAUAAGAAGUCAAGUUAGCGAAAUGAUAUCCGCUUUAGAGCCCUCAAGUUGAUUAUUAAGUUGUAAACACACCUCUUUACGAUGAGACACUUAAACGAUUCUAUUAGAAAGACGAUCUGCAAAAAAUGAUCGUCAUAGAUUAAUAUUUGAAAACAGAAGUUGUUUAAUUUCAGCCCCUCGUAUGUAAAUAGUUGAGUCUCUGUGGGUUUUCAGGAAAAGAAAAGAGGAGUCAUGCAUGUAGAUGUCACCUGUAAACAAACACUGAGAUUACACAGAUAUGAACCAUGUUGCAAAGUAAAGAGUUGAACAAAGAGCAUAUCUGCCAUAAAGGUCAACACCGAUUUCCCAAACUUGACAGGAAAUGAUCACAUGGGACUAAGAAGCAAGAGAGAGGGAUUGAACAAAAAUCAUGAGACACCCAGAUGGGACUGUUUCCUCUUUACAGGAUAAACUCACAUUGUCCCUUUCUCUGUUUUACAUCCACACUUAGACGUGAGACAUUGGAAGAAAGAAUGUGAAGCUGUUGAGAGGCAGCCCGUGAUAUAUUGUUUAUAUUUCAGAUGUUUUUGAACAGACUAAAGAGCUUUAACUUCUGAUUGUCGUCAACAUGUAGUUUAGAGAUAACAAGAUAAAAUCAUUAACCUGCAGCCAGUUCCAAAUCUGAUCCCAGAUCUCAGUGUUGUUUGGAAUUGGGUCCCAUCAGCCACUUUAGAUUUUUAAAACACUAACUCUCAGAGCACAAGUAGAGAUUAACUUGGUUUAAAGUCACGAAGACCCAGUAGGAAACUUUUGGACGAGGUUCAGCUCUUUGUCCAUCGCAGCCAAAACUAAAACAAUCAGGAGAAAAUAUAGAGAUUUUAUGUUUUGGUGACACUUAACUUUCCUCGUUAGUUUGUGAAACACCAGGAUGUAGUUGUGAGCAGAUUUAAGUGUUUAUUAAUAUAUCUAUGAACAACAGUUACUCCUCAUGAUGAUGAUGUAUGAACAAAUAAGCUGGAAACAUACAAAUAUAGCUAUAAAAAUAUCAAUAUAUCCUCAUUUAAGUAGGAAUUGAGUCAUUGUUGCAUAAACAAACAUUUAAAAUGUCCUUAUAUGAGAUUACAACUACUUUACUAUGAGUACACAAAAACAUUUAUUUAUUGUUUGUUUAAACUUAAAAAUACAUUUCAUCCAUAUCUGUAAAAAAAAUGCACUGACACUUUAACUAUUCCACUUCGCAGAGACGCAAACUGAUGAAUGAAUUUUUAAAGCCGAAGCAGAUCAGGACACGUAUCUAUUUUUCUAUUUUGUGUAAAAAAACAAGAACAUGGUUAUGAAACAUGAAUUUUAAAAGGUUUAAAAAAACUUUUUGUAUUUUGAAAAGCUAAAUAAAUACCAGGAGUGUUUCGUAAAACCGGGAUUUUGUGUUCGAGAUUAAUUUGAAGCACAAGUUGAAAAGAAAAGUUUUCCGAUGAAUCUCUGAAAACCAUUUGUUGUUCUUCAUCACCAAGUGAAAUCCAACCACUGACUGGAAAAGUAGCCGUUCAAGAGCCAGGAUUAACUAGAUUAACUAGAUUAAUGAGAUUAACUAGAUUAAUGAGAUUAACUAGAUUAAGUAGUUUAACUGGAUUAAUUCCCUGAAAUCUAACCCGAUUGACGUGUCCAGGUAAAACAGUUUCCUAUGACUCACUGAGGCCCCCUGCUGGAAGACUCAGACCUAUGGGUAAUAACAAACAGCUGGUAACGAGUCUGCAAGUGUGUGUGUGUGUGUGUGUAUGUGUGUGCCUGCGCGUGUGUGUGCGUCACAUAUGCUGGGUUUAC